UCCGAUCCAGAUCCCUCUCCUCCCCUCGCCGCCACCCACCCCUCCCCUGCAGCCACCUACCUCCAACACCUACCCCUCACCUCGCUGCCACCCACCUCCGCCACACCUCCCCUCCCCACCUCAGAUCCUCUCCCCACUCCCAGAUCCAACUUGCCACCUGAGAACGAGGAGGUCGCGGCCAGGAACUUCGCGAUGCGGUGGUCGUCGACGCGGGGUCAUGACGCGGGGCCGUCCAUGGAGGCGGUGGUCGACGACGCGGUGUCCAAGCUGCUGAAGGCCGGCAUCGCGCUGUCCGAGAUCUCCUCUGCCCCCGGGCUGUCAGAUGAUGCCCUCGAAGGUGAAGAUGGGCUGAGAUGGCAGGCUGCUAGUUGCCUCGGCCUCGAAGAUGAAGAUGAAGGUGGAGGAGAGCGAGCGUGGGUGAGAUGGCAGGCUGUUGGUUGCCUCGGCCUCGCGCAGCAUGUCCGACCGCCCCUACUCCCCUGACGAGCGCAUGCUGCAGCUCCUAGGCGAGGGUACACGGACUCCACUUCUUCCACCAGCCACCCUCCCCUCUGCGCCCAGCUUGUGGAACACCUCCACACCAUCUUCGGAGCCGCCUGCCGUUUACUUGAUCGUGCAGGUGGUCGUGCUGAAGGUGUCCCUGCACUACAAAGUGUGCACUGGCAAGGUGAAGAAGCACCUCACCAAGAUGGAAGGUGAGCACCAACAUCUCUUAAAGUUUGGUGACAAAAUAAUGCAUCUUGAAUCCUGGGAAGACCAGUUACUUACUAAUAAUAUGUCAUUGGAGGAUAUGCUACAGCAAUGCAGCAAUUUGAAUUGAUAUUCACAUUGAAUUAAUGACUUGUCUUGUGUAUGCAAUUGAAACAUACCCAUAUAAAAGAAGUUUGUUCCAUGCAUCAUUGAGCACCAACAUCUCUUAAAGAAGUCCGUUCCAUAUGGCAGAGAUAUUCUGUUUGCUAAUAUGAAGAUAACAUUGUGUUUAAUCCAGUACUGAUGAUUGUUUUCAUUCCCAUAUAAACUUGUUAAUGAUGGUGAUUUUGUACUAGCAUAUAAACUUGUUUUUGUGUCACUUGAUACAUACUUAGCUUGUACUUCAAGUUGUGGGUUAAUGUUGGUAAUUUUGUUCUACUUGUAUGCAUUGGUAUCCCCAUCAUCAAGCGCAUGGAUGCAAUAGUGGCAAGAAGAUCAUGGUCGUGUGCAUCAUCAAGCACACCAUGGCAAGCAUCCACCUCCUCACAGUGGCAAGAAGAGCAGGUGCCUAGUUGUAAUCGCUGUCGAAGGAGGUCCAUGCUGAAGAACAUAAAACUUGUAGAGCUUGUAAAGUACCAUGCUAUUGAACUUGUGGAGCAUGUAAUUGUGACUGCCAUACUGUUGUGACACUUGUAGAGCUUGCAAAGUGUAUGUUAGAGCUUAUUACGUGUUAUUUGUACAGCAGCAGCUUUGUACUGACUUUGGCUGAUAAUAUUUGAAGUAUUUUGUGUGUUU